AUGAUAUCAGAUGACAUUUAUUGGGUACCUUAAGGAAUUAAGGUUGAUUGUACUAUUGAUGAUUUAAUUCAACCCAAUGUAAAAAAGUUUUCUACUUUCUAAUUUAAUUUUAAUCAAAUAACAUAGAAGGUUGAAGAGAAGAAGCAAAAAAAUAUAGAAGAUGAAAUUUUAGAAUCAUUGGGAAUCACAGAAGAAGAUUUGUUAUUAGAAUCGGCACUCUAAACUUAUGAUCAUAAAUUAUAUAUAGAAGAAUUGAUUUAAGAAGCCUUACUAGAUAAAUAACAAUAAAUCCAAUUCUAACCAUAAAAACAAUCUAAUCAUCUUAAUAGUUCAUUUAAAACACUCUAUGAAAGAUAGUAUCUGUCAUAUACUGACAGUGCCAAUAAUUUUGAAGAAGAAAUCAACUUUAAGACUCCAGAUAUGCCAUCAUUAUAAAUAUUAUUGUAGUAAUAUUGUACUGAUAAGGAAGACUUAGAGGAUUUGGAAUAAUACUUUAUAAAUAAUCAAUAAAUUAAAAUAAUUCAUAAAUUUACACAAUUAAGAGGGUAAGCAAAGUAAUUGGUUUUUAAUUAUAUAGAAUUACAAUAAAAGGAUAAUUAAUUUAUUGAGAUUCUAUCUUAAAAGUUAAAAGAGCUUUCUCUAAUAGAUCCUAUUAAGACAGAGCAUUUACUUGAUUAUUUUAAUAAGGAUUAAUUGAGAAAUAUAUUAGAUAAAUAAAUACCAAUAGUGAGAUUUAAAAUAUUAUAAAAUUUAUAAAAAGAUGAUAAGUUGAUGAUAGAAUAUUUUGAAUUAUUAUGUUAAUUGCAUCCUGAUUAAGUAAUAACAGAACUUUAGAAGGGAGGUUAUCCUUAAGAUGAAUGUUUAAAAUUGUGUAGAUUUUAUGGGAAUUUGAAAGGUCUGGCUUAUUUAUUAGAGAGAAGUGGUUCAGUAUUGGAGGCUAUUAAUUUAUAAUUUGAUGUAAUUAUGAUUUAUAUUAAAACUUAGUUAUUUAUUUAAGGAUUAAAAUAAUAAUUGUAAAAGAAUCCAAAAUUAUUAGAUGGAUAGAAGGAAUUAUUUGUUUAUAUUUAGGAGAAUUUAGAGCCUACAUUAAGUAUAUGUAGAGCUAAUACUAAAAGAAAUGAUGAUGAAAGUGAUGUAGAUUAAUUAAUAAUAUAAAAUAGAAUAAUUGGUUUUAGGUUUUAAUAAGAUUGACAAAAUUAAGAUAGGAAUUUUAUAAGAUUAGAUUCUUUCCUGUUUUAAGAUGUUUUAAUUUACAUUUCACAAUGUUAUUAGAGGAAGUAUUGGAGAAAACAAAAAUAAAAAGCUUACUUGAAGUAAUGUGUAAUAAAUUUAUUUAUUAUAGAAUUUAAAUGAGACUAUGAAAUAUUUUGAAUUUUAAGAGUUAAAGUCAACAUUUUCAUAGCUUCUUUCAGGCUAACUUUAUGAAUUAGCUAUUUAUGGUUAAUCAACAAUGCUUAUAAAAUAAACAUGUAAUAAAUAUUUAGUAUAAUUGUUUAAAUAAUCAUAAUCAGGAAUAGCAGUUGAUAUUUAUUGCACUCAUUGUUAGAAGUUAAUAGAAAUGGUAUCUAAAGUAUAUAUUGAUUGCAAACAUACAUUUCAUCAAGAAUGUUCAUCAGAAUAACUUUGUAAAGCAUGUAUAAAUAACUUUGGGUCAUUAAUAAAUAAAUUAUUGACUAUGUACGCAAAUAAAAAGAGUACAAGAUUGUAAGUUCCAAUGUAAACAGUUUAAUAAAAUGAAUAAAAGACUGAGGAUACAAAUCAAAGAUAGAAUAAAUUAAAUAAAUUAAAAGAAUUUGAUUAUUUAAGAUAAAAUAAUAAAGGUUAUUGA